CUUGUUUGACGGUGUGUUUCCGGGGCGCAUGGUAUGUUUACAACCUCUCGUCCUGUCGUGUUCUUACAUUUUAUCCGCUCCUAUUUCAAACGCAAGGCACUGGAAAAACACAUUAAAGUCAUGGUCACGUCAUAACUCAGCAAAAGUGUUAUUUGUGGUUUCAAAGUUAGCGAAACGGUGCUCACCCUUCAGCACCGCGCGUGCCUUAAUGUCAAGACGCUAACUCACAAAGUACCUUUUUUUUUCUGCCACACUAGUAUGUAACAUUUUAGUCAUUUAACACAAUAGAAUGUGACAUUUUAGUCAUUUAACACAAUAGUAUGUGACAUUUUGGUCAUUUAAAGGCCUACUGAAACGAGAUUUUCUUAUUUAAACGGGGAUAGCAGGUCCAUUCUAUGUGUCAUACUUGAUCAUUUUGCGAUAUUGCCAUAUUUUUGCUGAAAGGAUUUAGUAGAGAACAUCCACGAUAAAGUUUGCAACUUUUGGUCGCUAAUAAAAAAGCCUUGCCUGUACUGGAAGUAGCAGACGAUGUGCGCGUGACGUCACAGGUUGUAGAGCUCCUCACAUCUGAACAUUGUUUACAAUCAUGGCCUCCAGCAGCUAGAGCGAUUCGGACCGAGAAAGCGACAAUUUCACCAUUAAUUUGAGUGAGGAUGAAAGAUUCGUGAAUGAUGAAAUUUAGAGUGAAGGACUAGAAGAAAAAUAAAAGGUGAUUGCAUUGGGAGCGAUUCAGAUGUUAUUAGACACAUUUACUAAGAUAAUUCUGGGAAAUCCCUUAUCUGCUUAUUGUGUUGCUAGUGUUUUAGUGAGAUUAUAUAGUACCUGAAAGUGGUAAGGAUUGUGGCCACGGGUGUGUUGACGCCAGAGUCUCUGAGGGAAGACACGGCUGCUGCAGCAGGACGGAAGCUCCGCUGAUGUCUCCGGUAAGAGGCGACUUAUUACCACAAUUUUCUCACCAAAAACUGUUGGUUGACAUGUGGUCGGGAUCCAUGUUCGUUUGACCGCUCUGAUCCAUAGUAAAGCUUGAUCUUCAGGAAUUUUAAACAAGGAAACACCGGCUGUGUUUGUGUGGCUAAAGGCUAAAGCUUCCCACCUCCAUCUUUCUUCUUUGACUUCUCCAUUAUUAAUUGAACAAAUUGCAAAAGAUUCAGCAACACAGAUGUCCAGAAUACUGUGUAAUUAUGCGAUUAAAGCAGACUACUUAUAGCUUGGAUCGGGCUGGAAAAUAAUGUCCGCUAUAACCGGUGACGUCAAACGCACGCGUCAUCAUACCGUGACGUUUUCAACACGACACUUCGCGGGAAAUUUUAAAUUGCAAUUUAGUAAUCUAAAAAGGCCGUUUUGGCAUGUGUUGCAAUGUUAAGAUUUCAUCAUUGAUAUACAAACUAUCAGACUGCGUGGUCGGUAGUAGUAGGUUUCAGUAGGCCUUUAAACAAACAUAUGGAUAACAUGGAGCAAAAUGUGGACCCCACCCCUGAUACAGAUGACCUUCCACUUUGUGCCAAUACAAAGCACAUUCUAGUCAGACACUAUGCAUUGGACCUGACUGUUCAUUUUCGUAGGAAAGUAAUAAGUGGCAGUGUGGUUCUCUUCCUGGAACCUGUAGCUCCUGCAGAGCAUACAAUUAAUUCAGCAGCCCCACAAGCUGAUAACAUUGAGUCUUCAUCUCAUAGUGAUUUCACUUUAGUGCUGGACUGCUGUGACCUCAAUGUGUCAAAGGUCGAGCCAGUCGAUGUGGCACCCUUGUCAGUCGCCUUCCCAGGGGUCUGCACUGAUGACCUCAUCCACAAGCUGGCUUCUAUGCCUUCCGCUGACUGGAGGCAGCAGCAGGAGCUUUUCUCCGAGUGCAGCCGUGCCCCCGCCGAGCAGGAUGACGGUUCUGUGCGAUUUUGCACAGACCGCUGGAGUCUGCAGGUUUGGAAGCAGGGGGUCUCCUCCCCGCGGGAGUUCCCACGGGCUCUCAGGAUCUGCUAUGAAACGAGGCCGACAGGUAGCUCCAUCCGGUGGACCAAGGACCAGGAUGACAGGGCGUGUGUGUACACUGCUGGCUCACCCAUCAACAACAGAGCGCUUUUCCCCUGCCAGGAGCCGCCUGUUGCCAUGUCAACGUGGCAGGCAACAGUGCGGGCCCCCCAGGAGUGUGUGGUCUUGAUGAGUGGGGAAGAACAGGUUGCACCUACGGAGGGCGUUGACACAAGUUUCUCAAUUUGGCAUUACUACGUGACCAUGCCCAUGCCUGCAUCCACCUUCACCUUGGCAGUUGGUCACUGGCAGCAAGUGACUCCAGAGUCUCUUCAUGUGUCCUCACGGGGAGGUUCAAGCAGUGAAGUAACUUUUAUGCCCCACCCUGGCAGUGGAGACCAGGCCCCCUCUAAUAAUUCACCCAUGUUGGACGACAGCUUCCCUUGCUCUCAUGGCGACUACCCUUGUCGAUUCAAAGAGCGGUCUGUGAUAUCCCAGCGUGUGAUCCCUCAUCGCGUGUUCGCCCCGGUCAGCCUGUUGCAGAAAGCCCAGAUCGGAGUCCUCGCACUGUUGCCGCAAUGUUUAGCUGCAGCUCACGCCAUUUUGGGAGUCCAUCCCUUCCCCCGCCUGGAUGUUCUCAUUGUGCCAUCUGGGUUUUCCAGUCUGGGCAUGGCCAGCCCCCAUAUCAUUUUCCUGUCUCAGAGCGUGCUGCAUGUCGGGAUCUCGUCUUCAGGAGUAAACAGCCAGUCUUUGUGUGGGUCCAGGCUGUGCCACGAGAUUGCCCACUCUUGGUUUGGCCUGGUUAUCGGUGCUAAAGAUUGGACGGAGGAAUGGAUCAGCGAGGGUUUCGCUACGUACCUGGAGGAUAUAAUCUGGGCCCAAGCACAGCAACUUCCUGUGCAGGAAUCAUUGGAGCAGUUCAACUUGAAAGCGCUGCUACGGUGGAGAAGACGCUCCGACGAGUUGCAGAAUUCAGGAGAGGAGCUUCAGAUCCUCAGACCUAACAUGGAGAAAACGGGCCAGGUCAGCGAGUCUGGCUCCUCGACAGUUAAACAUGCUCUCAACCCUGACAAGUCCUUUUUGCAAGUCCACUACCUCAAGGGCUACUUCCUCCUCAGGUUCUUGGCCAAUCAAGUCGGAGAGCAACCAUUCAUCAACUUUUUCAAAUCAUUUGUAAAACGAUAUCACGGCCAACUAAUUUUAUCCCAGGAUUUCCUGCAAAUGCUGCUCAGUACCUUCCCUGACCUUGCAAGAAAGGGCCUAAAGCUUACUGCUGUUUAUGCCGACUGGCUCGAUCGACCGGGAAUUCCCAAGUGGCUGCACGAAAGGAGCGCCGUAUGGUCCAGGUCGACGCCGGCGGAGGAAGUCAAGGCGGAGGUUGCAAAAUGGAUUCUCCUCAGUCGGAGUCAUCAAGGGAAGGGCAGAAAGCGGAAGCGAUCGGAGGCCAACAAGGUGAACUACAAAGAGAUGACAUCGGAGCAACUCGUGCUGCUUUUGGAGCUCCUUUUGGAAGAAACGGCGCUGAGCUUGUCGACGAUGCGCACUCUGGCUCAAGCCUACGACUUGCAGAAUCAAGACGCUGAGGUGCGACAUCGCUGGUGCGAGCUAGUGGUCAAACACGGACACGCGGAAGCCUAUGGCGACGUGGAACACUUCCUGCGUCAUGAUCAGGCCAUGGGUGUGUAUCUGUACGGCGAGCUGAUGGUUCAGGAGGACGCCGAGCAACAGGCGCUGGCUCGUCGCUGCCUCUCAUUAGUCAGCGAAGAAAUGGACCAAUCAGCGCGCAGGGUGGUGGAGGAGAUGGUGCUGUAGCGAGUGCAGGCGGCCGACAACAGAAGCAGAUGACAGGAGCUUGGGGUCAUGCGAGGGUCGAGCACUGGCGGCCAACAGCGGAAUGUUGUGGCGGUCCGAAUCCCUUAGCCAAGGCUGCUUGUUGACUGGAGAGGAAAAGUUAAAAUUAAUGUAAAAAAGUUGUGUGCGGCGGGUUGGUCAACUAUUAAGAGUAGGGGCUCCUCAAAUAUCACUUUUCUACAUAAAUGAUGAUCACAAAGAAAUAAAUAUGUUCUGUAAACA